CGCGAGCCCGCGGAGAUGAAUCCUUUAACUAAGGUGAAGCUGAUCAACGAGCUGAAUGAACGAGAGGUCCAGCUUGGGGUGGCCGAUAAAGUGUCCUGGCACUCCGAGUACAAGGACAGCGCCUGGAUCUUCCUGGGAGGGCUUCCUUAUGAACUGACUGAAGGGGACAUCAUCUGUGUGUUCUCACAAUAUGGCGAGAUUGUUAACAUUAAUCUCGUGCGGGACAAGAAAACUGGGAAAUCCAAAGGGUUCUGUUUCCUCUGCUAUGAAGACCAGAGGAGCACAAUUCUGGCCGUCGACAAUUUUAAUGGGAUCAAGAUCAAAGGAAGAACUAUCCGAGUGGAUCAUGUGUCUAACUAUCGGGCUCCUAAGGACUCGGAAGAAAUGGAUGAUGUGACCAGACAGCUCCAGGAGAAGGGCUGUGGGGCUCGUACCCCCUCACCAAGUUUGUCUGAGAGCUCUGAAGAUGAAAAACCAACAAAAAAGCACAAAAAAGACAAAAAGGAAAAAAAGAAAAAAAAGAAAGAAAAAGAGAAAGCCGACCGAGAGGUACAGGCAGAGCAACCAUCCUCUUCAUCACCCAGAUGCAAGACAAUAAAGGAAAAGGAUGACCCUGGCCCAAAGAAGCACAGCAGCAAGAACUCAGAGAGAGCUCAGAAGGCAGAGCCCAGGGAGGGGCAGAAGCUCCCCAAAUCCAGGACUGCCUACUCUGGUGGAGCAGAGGACCUAGAGAGGGACCUGAAGAAGGAGAAACCCAAGCACGAGCACAAGUCCUCAAGCAGGAGGGAGGCAAGAGAAGAAAAGACCAGGAUUAGGGACAGAGGGCGGAGCUCAGACACACAUUCUAGCUGGUACAAUGGGCGUUCCGAAGGGCGUAGUCAUAGAAGUAGAAGUAGGAGCCGAGAUAAAUCCCAUAGGCAUAAAAGGGCCCGGCGCUCCCGGGAGCGGGAAUCUUCGAAUCCCAGUGACCGUAGGCGUCACUGAGGACUGUUCAGCUGCUCAGUAGAUUUGGAAAUAAUUAUGUUUUUUAAAUGCAGUCAAAUUCAGUUGGGUUGUUACUAUUUUUGUAUCUAAAACUUCUGGGGCUGGAUUCUUUUAAUCCCUUGAGUAUUAGAGUCAUUGGGAGGGCUGCAGUUUCAACAGCUAGAUAUCCUGGAUAUUCUUCGCACCAUCCAUUGUCCCUGGACCAGAGUAUGUAUCCUGAAUUUUGGUUCAUAAAUAUGGCUCUUGAACCCAUAGACCUCAGUUGAAGAUGGAAUUUUUAGGAAAGGGAAAAUACCAGAUAAUUCUAGAAUUCUAGUCUUCGUGUUAGAUGUUUACAGCCCAGCAUCUUGGGACAUUUCCAGUUACUAGGUUUGGACAGUUUGAUGUGAACGAAUGGGAUAGAAUUUUUAAAAUCAGCCAGCUCCAUGCCCAAACCCUCCUGUUUACAGAAAUUUUUAACGUCUUGUCUUUUUCAUUAAAACUUUUUUGUUUGAUAUGCC